AUGCUAGGUUCAAUGUUUUAUAUCGAACGACAAGUAAAUAAGGAAGAAGAGGAGGAACGAAAAAAACGUCGACGUCGACUGGGAGGUGGUUGGUUAUGGUGCUGCUGCUGUUGUUGUGGUAUUAGUGGUGCUUUGAUAGUUGCAGGAGCAAUUAUUCUAUCAUUAAUACCAACGUAUUUAUCUGACAAUACAGUAGCAUUGAACAGUAGUCAAUUUUAUAAUAUUUACUCGGUUACAUAUGGUACAAAUUAUCAGGGUAAUAAUUCUGUUAAACUCGCCAAUACCAGUUCAUUGAUUCCAACAUUGGAAAAUGCAUAUAGUUUAACAAAUGACAUUUCUGCAAUUGUCUCCUUCCAAUUCAGUAAUUCAAUAGGUACAUCAACUACUGGACGUAAGAAAAGACUCUUUGAUUUAAAACAAUGUACUAAAAAUUCACUAUUAAGUGGCUAUCAAAUGAAUAUUAAAUUUCGAAUUCUUAUACCAAAGCGUUAUUCAAGUGAUGCGAGUCGAACACAAUAUAAGACCAAUGUUCAAAAUACUAUUCAGAAUAAUUAUAAACGAUUAACUCUUGUAACUGUUUUUGAUAAUGGUAAAACAGCAUCUAUUGAUAUGGACUUUUGUGCAGUAGAACAAAUCUCAAAUUCGUCAUACAGUGAUCCAGAUACAACUACUACUACUACUCUGACUUCGACAACUACUUUUACUACUAUUACAACAACAACUACUAUUACUACUAGUACGACUGGUACGACUACUACUGCUACUACUUCCACUACUUCCACUACUACAACGACGUCUCCUGUUGUAAUGACGUCGACAUGUACAUUUAAUGUUAUGCGUAUUUACUCCAGUGCUGGUAUAGCUACUUCUGAUACUACUCUUUAUCCUGCUACUUGUGAUAGUUUUUGCAGUGGUAGUUUUGAUUCCCGUGCUCCUGCUGCAAUUAUUGUCAGCAAUGCCGCUGGUUAUACUCCUACUAUUACUGCUAAUGCUCCAAGGCUCGGUGUUUCUUGUGUUCCCAAUUAUGGCAAUUAUGAGAUAGGUGAUGGUGAAUUUAUUAUUAGUAAUACUCUCACCUCUCCCACUGCUACUAUUCCUCCGGAUGCUCCUUGUGCAAGUCCUUAUGAUACUUCUUAUUGUUGUUGCACUCCUAUUGCUGGAUGGUCUCGUACUGGCGAUAUGCAUCAUGUACGAUAUGUACAUAAAGCAGUUCUAUUACAUAAUAAAAACGUCUUAGUUAUUGGUGGUGCUGAUAGUGUUGGUCUUAAUCGUAUUAAUAAUAUUCUACAAAGUGCUGAAUUAUAUAAUCCGUCUAGUAAAACAUGGAAGUUGACUAGUAACAUGAAUAUUCUACGAGUAGGACAUGCUGUAGCUACGAUAGCCAAUGGAUCAAUCUUAGUCAUAUCAGGUUAUAAUGGUAGUGCAUUUACAAAUAGUGCUGAACUGUAUGAUCCAUCAACAGAAACUUGGACACUUACUGGUAGUGUACGUUUUGCACGUGAUGGAUUCACAGCAUCUAUAUUAACAAAUGGAAAAGUUUUGAUUACGGGUGGAUUCGAUUACGAUUAUAAUAUAUUAAAAAGUGCCGAAAUAUAUGACCCAUCAACAGGAGUUUGGACAACUACCGGUAGCAUGAAUAUUGGACGAGAUUGUCAUCAAGCAUGUGUAUUAGCAAAUGGAAAAGUAUUAGUUAUGGGUGGGCAUGGAAAUCCUGAAGCAAUAAAUAGUUCUGAACUAUAUGAUCCAUUAACAGGCAUAUGGACACUUACUGGUAGUAUGAAUUUUGCACGAGUCUUUCAUACAGCAACAAAAUUACCCAAUGGAAAGAUUUUAGUUGCUGGUGGAAUGGGAAAUAAUAUAUUACAAAGUGCUGAAUUGUAUGAUCCAUCAACAGGAAUUUGGACAACGACUCGUAAUAUGACUUCUCAACGAACAAGUCAUGCAGAAGUUCUAUUACAGAAUGGAAAGGUCUUAGUAGUUGGUGGAUCGGGUAAUGGCGCUGCUCUUAAUAGUACUGAAUUAUAUGAUCCAUCAAAAGAAACUUGGACACUUGCUGGUGACAUGAAUCAUACACGAGAAUAUCAUACAGCAACAUUAUUAACAGAUGGAAAAGUAUUGGUAGCUGGUGGAUCGUAUGAAGUUACUCAUUUUUUAAACACUGCUGAAAUAUAUGAUUCAUCAGCAACAAGUUCGACAAUUGCAGAUGAAAUAGAUCAUACACUAGAAAAAUACAAUGUGAUUUAA